CAACUGAGUUGUGUGGACUCAGAUCAGAGUGUGGCUAGUGUACACACGAGUGGGACUGGAUGCAAACUGACGCUCCUGUGGGCCUUUCGUGCGUGCGUGGGCGAGCGCGUGAGUGGGAACGCUCAUGCCUGAGCGCCGCGUGUGCGCGACUGGGAACGCACGCGUGGGUGCGUCCGUGUCUGUAUGUGUGCGCACGAGUGAGGGAAUGAGCCGGGUCGCUUGGUCCGGGAGCCCGGGAAGUGUGGGUCCCCGCAGGGCCAGCGGUUCUCACUUGCUCCCCGAACCGCCCGCGGCGCCGGAGACAAAGCGGGAACGACCCGCCCUGCGCUUUCGUUUUCCGCCCGCGCUCGGCUCCGCCGGCUGCCCGCCUGCUUGCGCGUUGCUGGGCGAGUCCGAAAAGUCCCGGGCGCGGCGCAGUCCUUCCCUGGGCGGGGAGAAGGGGUAGGCGGUCCCUCGCGGGAACACACGCCCGCCGGCCGCGGGGACCCGGGGACCCGUAGCCAAGCCGACUGUGCCCACGAUGGCCCCGACCCGGCGGCCCCGGCCUCCGCUACAGCUGCGAUUUGCCACCGAGCAGUACGGCUCCGGGAAGGCCCGGGUACCGGGGCGCCUUUUCCUCCGCACCGCCCGAGCAGGGAAGGCGGGGGCCUACGCGCAGCUGGGCUGAACGGCGGGCGGAGGGCGCAUUAACACUUGCUCGCCAGGUUGGUGCAGGCGGGGCGGGUUCUGCCGGCGGCCGCUGGGCGGCGAGGGUGGGGGCCCUUUAAGCGCCCACCGCCGAGGGGGCCGGAGGGGGGCAGGGAGGGGAGGGAACUCCUGGAGGGUCUUACUCUGGCCCGUGAGACGCCGCUGAGAGACGAGGCAGAAAGGGCGGCCUCGGCUGGAGUCUAGGAGCCGAGCGCCGCGGGUGGCGGGGACCGAACGGUGCUCCCCGCGGGGGCGCACAGCCGCAGGCCCGAGAGGUGGUGCCUCCCCCCAAAACGGUGGGGGGGGGGGCUUCCUCGCGGCCUCCGCCCAGGCUGCAAAGAGGCUGCUCUCAGCCUCCGCUCGGCUCCUUCCCUUGUGGGAGGGCGAGAGAGAAAGAGGGAGGAGAGUAGGUGGGGGAGGAGGGAGCUGGGGAGAGAGGGGGCUGUGAGCCAACCGCCCGCGGAUCCAGCAGCUCUUCGGGGAGGACGAGCGCGCAGGCGGGGGAGGGCGCGCCGAGGCUCGCUCGGGAGAAGUGGCCGCGGAUGACGGCAGAGGUGCAGCCAGCCCCGCGCGCGCAGCCCCCUCCCCCUCCUCCCCCUCCUCCUCUUCCUCCUCCUCCUCCUCCUCCCCGUUUGUCCGCGGCGCAGAGCAGCGGCGGCAGCGGCGGCGGCGGCAGCAGCCACCCGAUGUCUUCGGCGCCCGAGAAGCAGCAGCCACCGCACGGCGGCGGCGGGGGAGGCGGCGCGGCCAUGGAUCCCGCGUCGUCCGGCCCGUCCAAGGCCAAGAAGACGAACGCCGGCAUCCGGCGCCCCGAGAAGCCGCCCUACUCGUACAUCGCGCUCAUCGUCAUGGCCAUCCAGAGCUCGCCCACCAAGCGCCUGACGCUCAGCGAGAUCUACCAGUUCCUGCAGAGCCGCUUCCCCUUCUUCCGCGGCUCCUACCAGGGCUGGAAGAACUCCGUGCGCCACAACCUCUCGCUCAACGAGUGCUUCAUCAAGCUGCCCAAGGGCCUCGGGCGGCCGGGCAAGGGCCACUACUGGACCAUCGACCCGGCCAGCGAGUUCAUGUUCGAGGAGGGCUCCUUUCGGCGGCGGCCGCGCGGCUUCCGAAGGAAAUGCCAGGCGCUCAAGCCCAUGUACAGCAUGAUGAACGGGCUCGGCUUCAACCACCUCCCGGACACCUACGGCUUCCAGAGCUCCGCUGGCGGCCUCUCGUGCCCGCCCAACAGCCUGGCGCUGGAGGGAGGUCUGGGCAUGAUGAACGGCCACUUGCCGGGCAACGUGGACGGCAUGGCUUUGCCCAGCCACUCGGUGCCCCACCUGCCCGCCAACGGCGGCCACUCUUACAUGGGCAGCUGCGGUGGGUCCGCGGCCGGCGAGUACCCGCACCACGACAGCUCCGUGCCCGCCUCCCCGCUGCUGCCCGCGGCUGCCGGCGGGGUCAUGGAGCCCCACUCGGUGUACUCCGGCUCCGCGGCCGCCUGGCCGCCCUCCGCCUCCGCGGCCCUCAACAGCAGCGCCUCCUACAUCAAGCAGCAGCCCCUGUCCCCCUGCAACCCCGCGGCCAACCCCCUGUCUGGCAGCCUCUCCACGCAUUCCCUGGACCAGCCAUAUCUGCACCAGAACAGUCACAACGCCCCAGCGGAGCUGCAAGGCAUCCCGCGGUAUCAUUCGCAGUCGCCCAGCAUGUGUGACCGAAAGGAGUUCGUCUUCUCUUUCAACACCAUGGCGUCCUCGUCCAUGCACUCGGCCGGCGGCGGCUCCUACUACCACCAGCAGGUCACCUACCAGGACAUCAAGCCCUGCGUGAUGUGAGACCACAGCCCUCGGGGCCCUCGGACACGGGCUGGCCGGGUGCAGGGACCUCGGAACCCGUUGCCAGAAACUGCUUUAUUCUUGAGGUAUAACCGUCGGCAGAAAAAAAAGGGUUCGACCCCUCCCAACCGGAUUAUAUUAUUCGGGAAGGAAUCCCCAAGGCAAAGACCCAGCCCUGUGGUCAGCACCUCCCCCCACGCCCUCACCAGUAUUUUUAAAUGGUGGUGGUGGGACCUGAUCUGACUGCGGCUGUUGGUAAAUAAAUAUCUAUUUUUGAUCCUGUUGCAAACCGGCUGAGAAGGUGCUGUGUUGGGGAAAAACCUUCAACUAAAUCAGAAUUCUGCUGAGGUCUCUCCCCCUCUUCCCCUCCAGCGGCCAAAGUCGGGGAAGGUUUUUAGGAGAAAGGCAAACGCGUGAGACCAUCAUUAUCAAAUACUUUUAUUUUUUGGUUGAGUAUUUAUCUUUUAAUUUUUAAUUUUUUUUUUUUGGAAAGAAUGUCUUGGAAUGCUCGUCUCCUUUUAGAGCCGUUUCUUGCAGGGAAGCGGGGGCAAGAAACGGCUUCUCCCUCCCCACCUCAGAAGCCCUCCGUCAACCACAGGUGGAUCCUUGUGCAAAUAACUUGCAUUGCUGACGCCACUGCUCGCCUUGGGGGAGAAGCCAGAAGGAGCCCAGAAGCGGCGGCUCCAGGCUCUCGGCCUCCACGUCCCCCUCCGCCUCCUCUCCUUCCUUCUCUGCGGUCCUUCUGGUUUGGUUUCCAGCUUCACUUGGACGUUUUAGGCGGGGGGUCUUCUCCCGAGCCCCAGCCCCGGCCGUCUCCCCAUCUCUACUGUAAACUUCGUGCUGGGAGACGGGGGCGGGCAGGGCGCCGCGGGGACGGGAAGGCCCGCCGGGCGCGCGGAUUCAGGAUUGCGGUGACGCAGAAAGGUUAAGGCACUUUUUGAAACGAUAGCAAGGCUCAUCCUGUUAUUUAUUCUACGUUCUCUCCCUAAUAAUCGAAACACCGCAUAGGCUCCUCCGUUUAUCAGUAUUAAUGGUGUAACUUUGUUGGCAAUAUUUGCCGCGUAGAAUUUUUUUUUUUUUAGAUAUCCAUUGUAAAUUUGAAACUAAGUCCGAUCUGUGUAAAAACAAAUUUCCAUAUGUUUUAUAUAAAUAUAUAUAUAUAAAAUGAAGGAUUCCUUCCCUUUUUUAGUAUUUUGGCUGCUGGGGUGCAGCGUUUGUGACACGUAUUUUAAAUUUCCUUCUGCACUGUAUAAAAAUGACAAUUUAAGGAUGUUUUUGCCUUUUGUGUAUUUUUUCCUAAAAAAAGAACAAAAAUAAAAAUGUAUGACAUUUGUACAUGACCUUUAAUACUGUAUUAAGUAGAAAUAAAAUCGCAUGAGUCUUUUACUGGGAUUGGAGAGUACCUUCCAGACCCCGACACGGACAGAAACUGGCUCGGGAUCCCUAGGUUUUUUUUUUUUCCUUUUUCUUUUUGGUAUUUAAAGUAUGGGUAGCUCUUAGCACUUUCUUCUUUUUCUUUGUUACUUGUGGGCGAAUCCUCCUCUUUUCACUCCUCAGUUCCCGUGGAAGUGAAAUCUAGACAAGAGUAACUAUUUUUCUUGGCUUCUGUUUUUGAAGACGAGCCCUCUGCCCCCCUAAAUGUCAUUUAUUGUUUUAAAGAAAUAAUCAAAUGUUUAAAGAAAAACUGAAGUCCUCCCUCCCCCUGGGAAAACCGUGGAUAUGUGUGUGUGUAUACGGAUAUAUAUGUACGUUUUAAAACUUUUUUGGGGGCCACUCCAAGACCAGUAAGAAUUUUACUUUGGAUUCAGACUUUUCUAUUUCCAUAUUCCCGCUGUUAUAAAUCAAGGAGCAUCUCUUAAGGUUUGGGUUCUGUUUAGGGUUUUUGGUAGAUGUUGUGUGUGUGUGUGCCCUGUACUUGGCGUCCUCAAUGGGGAAGCGAGUAAAAUUUGAGCAAGAGAAAGGCUGUCGGGGGAGCGCGAGGCGACGGGCGUGCUUCCAAUCGGCGUGCCUUUCCCCACAUCCACUCUAGAGUCUGUCUCCCCACCGACCCUCUUCCUACUCCACUCCCGCUACCUAGGAAAACAAACACAGCAGAGCCACCUCUCCAGGCGGCCCUUCGGACCCCCCGCGGUGUCUCCGCGUCGCAGGGUCGCGAGCCCCUGAACCUGGUUCUUCUCAAAUCUGACAUCUGGGACGUGAGGGUAAUUUCUCCGGUGCUCUGUUACAUCAAAAUUAUCAAUAAACUCGCCCAGGCAAUUAAUGCCCCAAACGAACAGCUGUCUAUGAAAUCGAGAUAAAGGGCACAGGAAAAAGUUGCGACUCGGCCCCUGGGGUCUCUCGGGCCGCGUGCGGGGAGCAGCUUCUCCGAGGGUGGGGGAGCCCCUGUCCUCUGGGGCAGAGGCCACCUCGCCACAAACCCUGCCUCACGCCGGUGCCCGGGACAAGGCCAGAAGACACGUCCAGGCCUCCAGCACAGGGACGCUGAGCCAGUGUCCAGACGAGCCCCGCCGGCAGGAGGGGGACCCUGCGGCCCUUCCCCCAUUGGAGCCGGGGCCACAAUUAGGAAGGAGGCUCUGGAGAAGCGGGGCUGAUGACGAGAAAUCCAACGCCAGCCCGGCCGGCGGGCUCCCUGGGCUCCUCGAGUGGCGUCUGCAGUCCCACGCCCACUCCCUUAGCCCUUGGCGCGCCAGAGGCCUCCGUGAGCCCUGGCGAUGCGUGGCUUUGGCGCCACGGGACCAGAGUCGGGGCGGCUGCGUCCCAGAGACGCCUCCACUUCAGCAGGAUCUCCCAGCGCACCCCAGUCCCAGCCAGGCUGGGUGGGAGGUACCCAGAGGGGCCUGUGUAGGAAAACCGGCCCGGUGGCCCAGAGAUGGGCCUGAGUUUUGCCUUAGGACAGGCCUGGGGUCUGGGGACGCCGAGAGCAAAGUUCAGCCUUCCCUGCGAGCAGGAGAGGCUGGCUCCAGGCCAGCUCCAAAGGGCCAGAGGCUUUAGGCAUAUUUGCCGCUGCCACACCCGAGACCAAGAUUUUGUGGCGCCCCCGCUCGCCGCUGCUGCACCAGGGCCCGAAAGACGCAAGACGGCACUCACUCGGGUCGAGCCGGGCUCACACAGGGACCUUAGGACGAAGCUUCCACCACCCCAGCUGCCAACACAAAAGCCUGCACAGCUUGUGCAAGUUACCGGCUUAAAAUACAAAGGCUCUCGAGUGGGUACAGCCAGGGGUCUUGUUCUAGCCCGGGGCAUUCUCCAUCGACUUAACCCAAAAGGUCCGAGCACGUGUCCAGGGAGUCUGUCCCGGAACAAUGCAGUCAAGACACCUCAGGGGUCUGAGUGCCCUCCAAAAUCACAGGCCAGGAGGUGGGCAGGACCCACGGGAUAGGGUUUCUGUUUGUGGAGUACGCGUCCCUGGGAGGCAAGGUUCUCUGCGUGGGGCCGACGCCCUGGACACAGCCGAACCUGGCUGCCGGCCACGGCCGCCCCAGAGCGCGGCGGCGCCUGGUGCAGUGUCCAGGCUCCCCAGCCCUCAGCGGACUGGAACUGCAGGCCCUGUGACCAGGCAGGGUCAGGGUGUGCGCUUCUGAUGGGAAGGAGCCUGGCCGGCGAGGCCCACUCUGUCUGGAUAUUUUCUUUCCCCUUUGGGGCUGGAGGGCUGACUGCCUGCCCGCAGCUCUCCAGGAGGUAGUGCAAAGAUGGAGCUAGAGUCUUGGCUCCGCCACCACCUGCCCUGGGCAGGCCAUGUCACCUCCAGGCCUCUGUCCUCCUCACCUCUAGGAAAGUCCUGCUGACCUACGCAGGCAGUGGUCAGUGAGGGGACACUUGAGAGAAGCAAGAGACAGCUUAGGCCCAGGUGCCCGGACAGGAAUGACCACGAGACCCAGGCACUUCUCAUCCUCCCCACCUGCAGUGUGGGGGCGGACGGCAAACACGGGGCAAGCACCCCUGUUUCACCAGGCUGACUGUUCAGGGAUUGGAGCAUCCAGCCCGGGAACCACUGGGGCGCCCAACUUCCAACAUGACCAACCUGGCCCUUCCCUCCUUCCCAGGAGAAGGAAGACUUCCCGCUGGGCUUCAACGCGGGAAAUGUGACACACGGGGUUGAGCCUGGGGUUCCGAUAUGGACCCAUGCCCCCAUCUCCUAACCCCCAGGCCAGAAGACCCCUGCGCUCAAGGGCUCCUUCACGCCUGCUGGUCCUGAUGGGGGCUGAGUUCAGAGUCCCUCCUCCAAGGAACUCUAGGCUCCUGAGAAACCCCCGCGGAAGGCAUCUCGUUGUGGCCUCUGCUGCCCCCUCCUGCCCAGCUUCCCAGCCAGCUGGUGACUCUACGAAGCAGAGCUUGGAGCCCAGGCAAGCAGGCCCAGGCGAGUGCUCAGGAGGCGCCACGUGCAGGCCCUGCGGCCGCCCCCUUGGGCAGGUUCUAGGACUGGCUCACUGCUCCUGCUUUCCAGAGGCAGGUCCGCCUCAUCUCAGCUCAGAGAGGUCGGGGGCUUUGGCAGGACGCUGGCGGGAAGAGGUGGAAUCUGGACUCAGACUCAGGACUUCCUGACCCCCAGAGUCCAUGGCCCUAACCACGGUGACACCUGGCUCCUGGACACCUGUUUUUCUCCAGCCACAAGGCUGAAUGCAAACAGAAGCCGAAGUGUGCUUCGUGAUCCAGCCUCCGCCAGCUCCCUGCCUUUGCGGGGCAGUGGCAGGAGGCAGGGGACACACAGGCCUGGGGUCUCUCUGAUCUCCCCAUCUUGAUCAAAUGGGCUGGGGAGGCUCUCCUAGGGGCCCCAGCUCAGGCCCCGAACAUUCACUCCUCUCUGGAACAGCGGCCCUCGUCUUUGUGGGUUCCCGCCACGGCCCCCAGGAGAGCUGCCUUCACUUCCUCGGGGCCCUUAACUCAGCAAAGAUAAACUCCCAAGUUGCAGCUCAAGGAGAUCAGGGCAGCGGGGUAACACGUGUGGCUGUGCCUCCCCACUCUACUUCUGGAAUCUUCCGGGUAUCCAAAGCUCAGCGUUCUGGGCUGCUUUAGGAGGAAGGCCCCUUCAGCAUCUCCUGCUGGUGAGCCCUGUCUGCUCACGAUGGGACAGCGACAAGUCGUGGGCCUUUAACAACCGGACUGGCUUCUGUGUUGUGGGGAUGAGCAGGGGAGAGGGACGAACGGCUUUCGCAAGUACCAAGUAUUGUUGGCGUGAAACACAGGACAGAGGAAGAGCUGCCAGAGCCCCUCCCUCAGGGACGCCGAGCACCCACUGCGGCCUGCCCUGGGACCAGACGAGAUUCAGCGGCUGACACAGCCCUGUCGUGACAGAUGCAGAGACCGACGCUGUGUUGCCGGCACCAGGGUCCUUGAGAUUGGCCGUGUCAACACCCUGAAGAGGUGAUGUCACCACGGCAGGGCCACCCAAACCCCGAUCAGAGGCGGAACACACGCCGUUCAAGGCCCCAGUAGGCACGGGCACCAAGGCGCCCAGCGACUCUGGCAGCACAGCUGUGUGGGGAUGCGGAGAAGGGCGAGUCUGCCCAGAGGGCUCGGGUGCUGGGGGGGCCUUCUGCAGGGCGCCAUGUCAGUGGGGAUGGCAGCGCAGGGAGAAACGCUGCAGCGGGACAGUGGUCGGAGGAGUGACAGUGGUGACAGGCACACCCCCUCUCGGGGCAUCUUAUUAAAACCACAGCACCACACCAGGGAGGAGGCAUGGAUCCUGUGAGUCCCGGUGUGUCCGGGGCUGAUGAACACAGGCUGUGCCAGGUCCUCUGAUCGCCCCCAGCAGAGGGUCGGAUGCCUCUGUAUUUGGACAUUUCCCCCAAAGCCAGCCUCCGUCGGCCAGCACACGGGGUUUCGGGUCCUGCUGUAUGUAAGACCUUCGCGUGGCCACAGCCUGGGUGAAGCAGGGAGGCUGGGCCUCCUGUGUCCAGAUGGCCAGAGGCCUGGCAAGUCCUCCCCUGGGGAGAAAGCUCCAGGUCAGGGAGCCCUUCUGGGAGCGGAGGCAGCCCCGCCUCCGACCCGCCCCGGGGAUCGGAUCGCGCUCCGGGCUGGUUCUCGCCGAGGCGGCACUGCCACCUGGUGUCCGCUUCAUGGUUUGUGUUGGGACGACCGCAGGGACCCAGCAGCGAAAACUGGCUUCACCCAAAUGGGGACGGAAGCUGCGCGGAUGAACCCGAUUUUGAUGUUUUAGGCCCUUUGACCAUCGAUAAGGGGUCCUCUGGGGGGAGAGGGCCAAACUAAGUGAAUUUAGUCUCUUCCCAAUCACAGAAAUGAUAGGGCUUAUUUAAAAUAAAUACACCGUAGAAAACUAAAAGGAAGAAAGCAAACGCUGCUCCAAACCUGCCCCCUUGGGGCUGCAAGCCCGUCCCGCACACACAACCCCCGUCCCUGAGGACAGGGGGAGCUGGGACUCGGAGUCAGAGGGCCCGAGGGUGAGGCCUGACUCCAGCUCUUCUCAGCUGUGAGCUGGGCUGGCACCGUCCUCUCUACACCUCCGCUUCCUCCUCUGUAAACAGGGGUGACAGUCGGAGCACGUCUCUCAAAGCAUUAAGUGAUUUAAAUGUCUACGAAGUUUACAGGUUUAGACCCAAGAGAGGGUCAGCGCUCUGCCUGAGACGCACAGCAGGGGCCUGCCGGGCUGGGUUCACUGGGCACCCUGGGUGUUCUCGUCCCCUGGUUCCACCACGAAGUCAGUCUCUCUGGUGUUCCCAUGGGCCACCAUGCAUCCCAGCGACCCCAGAGACCUUCUGGUGGUCCAGACAUGAGGGACCCAUGCCCCCCGCCCCCAGCGGAUGGGCUUCUCCCUUGAUGGCUGGGAGAGGCCCUCGGGCUGAAGGCCAGCUCUGCUGUGUGACCCAAGCAAGUCACGUAACCUCUGGGGACCACAUCUUUCUGGAAAAUGGGAACCUGAUGGCACCUGCCUUGUGGGCUUCUUCUAAGUGAUGAGAGAGGGAGGGAUGUUCAGUUGGUUCACAGCUCAGCACUUUGGGGUCUGAGCUUCCUGGUGCCAAACCAUCCAAAGGGCAACAUGUCCACAUUACAUGAUCACAUGUCAGCUCCCCUUGUAAGCUUUGUGAUUUAUGGACGAUGAAAAUAAAGGGUCCCAUUCACAAGAAAAAAUCCUGCCCCACCAGAGGAAGAGGAGUAUGGGUUGCACUGCUUCCAAGUCUCUGCUUGUUUGAAAGUCGGCCCAGGCGGUCUCCAGUGAAAACCCAGGACGAUGGCAAGCACUGGCACAGCAACUGCGGCCCACAGGGGAGGGCGCGGUGGGGGUGGGGUCAGGAGGGCUCCGCGGCACAGCUGCCAGGAACAAGCCAUCACAAGCCGGAGUCCUGGUUUCCUCACCCACGCAGGCAAUGAAACACAGGGCUAUUCAAGUAAAAGAGGGCAGGCUGACCCGGUGCCCGCCACACGGUGGGCUGCCAACAAGGUAGCUACUGAGCGAUGUGCAGAGCAGAAUCAAAGGCAGCAGGACAGACGCAACACGGAGGACAGAACCAGCUGCUGCUGCCUGGAGAUGCUGCUGCGGGCCUCUGAACGGAUGCCCAGGCGCAUCUCUGCCAGUGGCAUGUGUGUGCCCUGGGGGACUUGCCCACGCUGCCUCCUUCUGCUAGGAAUGCCCCUGCUUUUUCUUAUUUUUUCCCCCAAAUUGAUGACUUUAUUGCAAUUUUUUCAUUUUUUAUUACUCAAUUACAUUUAUAAGUGAACAACGGUCAUCGCAACCAACUUUUACAGCAUGUCCAUCCCAAACCCUCAGUGCAUCCCCCCACCCCCCAACCUGUCUCCUUUGGAAACCAUCAGUUUUUCAGUCUGAGAGUCAGUCUCUGUUCUGCAAAGAAGCUCAUUGUGUCCUUUUUACAAAUUCCACAUGUAAGUGAUAGCAUUUGAUGUUGGUGUCUCAUUGUCUGACUUCACUUAGCAUGAUAAUUUCUAGAUCCAUACAUGCUGCUGCAAAUGCCUUUCCUUUUAAUGGCUCAGUAAUAUUCCACUGGGUAUAUGGACCACACCCUCUUUAUCCACUCCUCUGUCGAUGGACAUUUAGGUUGACUCCACGUCUUGGCUAUUGUAUAUAGUGCUGCAGUGAACACUGGAAUACAUGUGUCUUUGCGAGUCAUGGUUUUCUCGGGUGGAUGCCCCGGAGUGGGACUGCUGGAUCAAAUGGUAGUUCUAUGUUUAAUUUUCUGAGGCAUCUCCAUGCUGUUUCCCACAGCAGCCGCACACACUUACAUGCCCACCCACAGUGUACUAGGGUUCCUUUUUCUCCACACCCUCUCCCGCACUUAACUGUUUGUAGACUUUUUGGUGAUGGCCAUUCUGGCUGGGGUGAGGUGGUACCUCCGAGUGGUUCUGAUGUGCAUGUCUCUCAUGAUGAGUGAUGCUGAGCAUCUUUUCAUGUGUUUUUGGGCCGUCUGUACGUCUUCUCUGGAGAACUGUCUGUUUUGAUCUUCUGCCCUUUUUGGACGGGGUUGUUUGUUCUGGUAUGGAGCUGCAGAAGGUGGAGUGCCCCUGGUUUUGUCGGCUUCUUUCUAGCGUAGGUGGCAAGGUGAAGGUGAUUCUCAGUGACAGAAGACCCAGGGAUAACAAUGGCUCAGUCUACAACUAGCUACAACUUGCCUCCUGGCUUCGCUACCAAAGCUGGGCAGCUUGGGGACUCCAGUUAUCAGUCUGUGAACAGGGACGUCCUCACAAGAGAUUGUAGGACGAGGUGAAACCAGAUAUUCACUUAUCUGUACAUAAAAUUUGUAUUUAUAAAUUACAUCUCCGGUAAUAUGUGUAUUUACAAAUACAUUAUGUAUAUAUAUAUAUUUUAAACAGCCGCACUCGAAGCAAUUGGAAGUUCCUGGGCAGGGGGUGACAUCAGAGCUGUAACUGCCGGCCUCCACCAGGGCCCCAGCAGUGCCAGAUCCAGGCGACACCUGCAACCCAAGCCAUAGCUGGCGGCAACCCUGGAUCCUUAACCCACUGAGGAAGACCAGUUAUCAAACCCGCACCCUCCAAGAGAUGGCGCUGGGUCCUUAACCCACUGGGCCACAGCGAGAACUCCACGUUAUAUAAUUUGCCUAGUAACAUGACAGUAUAAAUGAAAUUAUGCAACCGAUUAUCAAUGAAGAACCAGUCACCCUCCAGACUUAAAGCAGCAAAAAGCAUUCAUUUCACUCCUGACUGCACUGUGGGCAGGGCUCGUGGAAAAAGCCCGUGUCUGCUCCAGGAGGCCCUGGCUGAGACGGCCCUUCCGAGGCCGGGGGACCCGUCCGAGAAGGUGCCCUCAGGAGGCUGGUGAGGCGGCGGCACCGGCUCUCGGCUGCGGCGCCUCUCCGUGGGCAGCGUGGGCUUCCUCAUAGCGGGCGCUGGGCUCUAUGACCGGGUGUCCGAGAGGCUCCGAGAAGCUGAGGUGCAAGCCAGCAGGGCGAAGCCAGCUGCCCCACAGCCCACAGUCGAGAGGCUGCACAGACCCCUCUCCCCAGAGAGACCCGAAGACCUCUGGGGCAACACUUUACCACUUCCACAGCCCUUAGCACAGCUCGGCGAGCUGACACCAUCAGGGGGCAGGCAGAGGAGGACACCCAGAGAGAAGCCAAGGCCACCCUCGGCCGCAGAGGUGGGGCUCGGGGCAGUGGUGCCCAUCAAAGAACGCGCGACGGGACGGGACCGCGCGUGCACACACACCCCCGAACCUCUCUCCUGCUUUUAUGUAGGGCUCUGGGUGACACGUACUCGGAAGAAAGACUCCCACAGCCCCCACCCCACGCGAGUUUUCUUCCACAAUGACUGGAGUCCAUGCCAUCUGUUCCAUUUGGAACCCUGGUUGGAUUAGAUGCAGACACAGGGAAAUGAGUUUAGCAAUCCCCACUCGGGCAGGCCCGCUGCGGGCUGGGGGUGUGAGACUCAGAACUGAAGGCCUGGAAGAGUCCUCAGCAAGCCAGGUGCUUCCCGGAGCCUGUGGGGGAGGCAGAUAGUCACACGCAGUGACGCUUCCCAGGAAAAAAGGUGGAGGGUCCUUAUUUCUGUGCCUUUGGCAAAAAGGCAGCGUUAUCUCAUUCCUAGUAAGAACACUUGGCCCUGGCUCCUUAAAAUCUCGUGGAAAGGUUUCUCAGGCUUGGCCAGCAAGCCGUCUGGGACUGACUGCUGCUGUCCGCUAGGGGUGUGGGUGUGGGAGGGAGCUGGACGUGGCCCUCGUCUACCCUCCCUGGCCCUGACCACUGCUUCCCUUUUUAAAUGUUGCUCUCAUCUGACACCUCAUCUCUCCUCCAAGGCGUCUCUUCACCACGUGCCAACUCUUCUGUGGUUUCAGUUACACAGGCUCUGUUUCUUGGGUAGCUUUAUUCUCGGCCUUUCCUAUUGGUGGUCUUGCGUCACCUUUCUCCCUAUGCAGCAGCUCAGGGGAGGUGUGUGUGCCCCACUGGACAGACCAGGGAAAGGGCCGAAGGACGAUGGGAGGGCAGCUGUGGGCAGGACCCCUCCCCCAAGAGUCCAGGAGGGCGGACUCCCCACCCUCCCCUCGGCAGCGGAGGGGCUGCAGGCUGGGCUGGGGAGGACGGGGUUGUCUCUCUGGUCUCCCAGUGAAGUGAGGGGUUGUUUCUAGGAGGCCCCGCGGAUACCCACACCCGCCGAUGCUCAGCUCCUUUAGAGAACAUCGGCUCCCCACAUCCCCGAGCUCCGCGUCCAGGAGUCGAAAUGCGCAGGUGGUUGGACCCACAGGUGCGGAGGGCUAAGAGGAAUGCAGGGGAAGCAGCAGGGCUCUCGGGGCAGAGGCCAGUCCAACACCCACUGUCUCUCUGCCUGAGCCUGGAGCCCCGAACGAGCCGGCCGCACCUUCUAAGAGCAGCUCUUUCUGUCUGGAAGGGCCGCCCACUCUCACUCUUACUCUCUCCUCCACCGGACAGGCAGCCCUGCCCUCAGGGAGCCUCCAGCCCAGCGGGGCCACCGUGUGAGGAAGGGAGCAGAAGUGGACGGAGACGGGAAGCGAGGACGCCUGCUAGGCUCAGCUCUGCCAGAAUGGGCUGCGGGGUCGCUGCGGCGGCGGCGGCGGGGGAGCCACUUCCUCCUGGGAGGCCUCGGUCUUCUCACCGCAGAAACGGGGAGAGCAGGGCCUGCCGCUCUGCGGGGCCGAGGGGAGCUGGGGCCGGGCCCAGGGGAACACGGGGUAUGCCUGUCCACACAAGGACUGGGACCGACACGCUUCAGCGUGUGUCGAGGGCGCACCAAGCGCUGCGCGGAGCAGCCCAGAGGCUGAUCUCCCAAGGAGGAGACACAUGUUGCAAAGCACAUUGCAACCACUCCGAAAAUGAGCAAGUCGCACUAAGUAAGACCACCCACGUGUAGUGACCCGCGGGACAGGAGAGGACGCAGAAACGAGGAUGCACGCAGCGCACGGGCCGGUGCUGCCGCCUGAAGAAGCACCUGCAGACAGCUCGUCCUGGAGGCCUGGCAGGAUCCCGCACCCACCAGACCCCGGCACGCUAAGGAGAGACGCAGGCCUGCACGCCUUCAUCAGCGCGGUGUCUUGCCCACCCUUCCCUCCCGACUUCAUGAAACAUUCCAUUACCUCCAACUUCCUUCACGUUUAUGUUCAGAUAUUUAGUCGGCCUGGAUUUUACUUUGAUGUGCGCUACAAUUUAGAAAUCUAAACCGCUUUAUUCACCCUCCAAACAGCAAAUCCAGAGGAGAUCCUAUCGCUGUGCCCAUCCACAGACGAGCGGAAGUCAGAGGCGGCACCGGGCGGCGGGUCCCGGCCGCUCAGCUGGAUCGUGCGCGUCCGCUCCCGUGACCCGCGGCGGCGCUUUAAAGCUGCUCGGAAGAAAGACUCAAGUCGGCGAGCGGCUGAAGGGCUGGGGUGAAGGGCACAGCUCCGCACCCCUGAUCCUCUCGUUUCCAGAACGGGUCCCGUGACUCCGAUAAACAGAACCACCCAGGCGAUGGGGAACGGUGAGCCUCAGGCAGAGCCUGCGAACCGGCCGGGCCUUAGAAGCCAGCGUGCUCAGCCAGCCCUGUGGUUCUGAAGCCCGGAAAGCCUCUAGGACUUGGCGCAGACCAGGGCCAGGGGCCGAGGCAGCCGCAGCCCAGGGCCCAGCGCGCCCCACGCAGAGCAGAGGCGGGGUCUCCGGAGAGGGAGCCGCUGCGGAUCUGGCCAGAGCGCCUGCACACCCACAGGCAGGGCCACAGCGGCUCUCGGGACGAGACCCCGGCAGCCUCACAGCUCCACUCAGAGGGGUUCGUGUGGCCUCAGCACCCUGCCCGGGCUCGCUGUCCAGCGCUUGCUCUGGCUGUGUGAGCUGUGUAAUGGUGACGAUGACAAAUCCUCAACAGCCUCGGGAAGGACAAGCCGCGUGCGCGGGGGCGCUCCUCCCGGCGGCCCUGAGGCCUGCGGAAGGCGUGCCGUGGGGGGGGGGGGGGGGCUCUCAGGCCCUUGGUCUUCGCUGCCCUCAGCCCAGCCUGCUGUCCACAAGCACAAAAGGAUGAAUGCGGUGAGACGACCCGUGUAUCAAUACAUCUGGCUUAUUCUGGCUGCAGUGACAGGAAACCCAGCGACCAGGCUCCACCCGAAGGGACGGCCCCUGAGGUGCACAACGAGACAGUCUAGGACGCUGGCGCCAGGGUCCCAGACACGCCGCCCUCUCCGGUGGGGGGAGACCCGAACCCGGCCCCCGCCUCACUCAGCUCUGACAGGCCCCUUCACAGCCGCAUUUUUCCCGAGCUGCUGUCUACCUGCCCCUGGGUCUCGCGGCUGGGGCAGGGCAGGAGCGACGGCAGGGACAGGCUCAGGUCUGUCCUCCUGGAUGGUGGCACAUCAGCAAAACCAGAACGUGUCGCACACAGGAAGCACUCUGGAUAAAAGCGGAAGACCCACGGGAGGGAGGAGUUCGGAUCAUCAGGUCGCCGCUGUGGGCUGGGCAGUCCCGGGGCCUGGGACGGCCAGGCCGAAUGCAAGCGACAAGACGAAACCAGCUGUGGGACGGGGCUGGACAGUCCGGGCAGAGAAAGACUGAGCCAAGAGGCCCCGGCCUGUGCUAAGAUAGUCCACCUCCUGCUUCUGUUGAUGUCAACAUGGAAAGAGCCUGCAUUUAACAAGCGAAUCGAAUGACCAAUUCGCUUUCCAAAAUCUCCAUGGCAUUUUCACUGUAAAACCCAAGAGAAAAUACUUUUUCAAAGGGAGUCUGAGGGCCUUGAGAACAUUUUCUUCAAAUGGGCUUAAAACACACUCAGUAAGACCCUCUUGUGAGAAACUAAAAAUUUUCAAUGCAUAUACAUUUAAAAAAAAUAAAAUCUCCACUUAAAUGCUUACUUUGACUUUCUGCCCAGGAUCAAUUGCAAAAGCACUUCUGUUUAGAAAGCAUGGUUCAGCCAAAAUCCAGCUUGUUUUUUUAGGAAAUGAGAGCCGGAGGAAAAGACCCAGAAAACACACGGCAGUGGGCAAAUGAGCGAGUGAGCAUCUGUCUGGCCUUGUCUGUGACGUCGACUGGGACGACUCACUCUCCAAGGCCAGGAUUUCCUAGAGCCCGAGCUUCCUGCCGGGCAGGGGCAGCGAGCCGAGGGCAGCGCUGCUCCCCGGAGGGAGGAGCCUGGCUGGAAAGGGGAGGGGAGGACAGAGGUGAGGUCGCACAGCCGAGGCUCCACGUUGGAUCAGCCUCCGUCUCCGACACCAGGACUCAGAUGUGGCACGCAGUUUGAACCGAGGGGGCCGAGCCCCCUGGCUUCUGUGCUGUGGACGCACCUCGUCCCACCAGCAGUGCCAGGUCAGGGGGGCAGGAACCCUUCGUCCACCUUCCCUCCAUCCCCAUGCCCCUCGAGUCCAGGGAGCAGACUCCCCUAACUGCUGUCACCGUUUGCUCCUGUGUGUUUAUUGCUCACUCGGUCCCCUGACCCAAGGAACCAGCAGGGCUGUGACUGGAACAGGCUCGAGGGGCAGGAUGAAGCGGAACCUGCCCACAGAGCUCUCCUCCUCCUGAAGGCGGGCGCAUCCUGGGGGCAGACGUCUCUCCGGGGUCGCCCGCGGCGACUGAAGCAGGGCCUCCCGGGAAGGACUGAUCUCAAAGCAGCUGCUGCAGGAACAGCCCCACCACGUCCCUCUGCGCCGGGCUCUGAGGUUCGGUGGGGACCAGACGGGGGUAUCAUCACGGGGCAGCCCCGGCCGAGCAUCGGUCAGGGUGUGGCCCUCCAGUGCGGCCACCUGCUGGGUCACCGGCCGUCUGCUGCCUGGCCAGAGACACCCUCACAGUGUUGGCGCCCAGGCGAAAACCCUGCAAGCAGGAGACAGCGUGCUGGGCCGCGGCCGGGUCCUGGUAGCGGAGGAAGGCCCUGUGCUGCGCGCCCUGCCAGGUGAGCCGCAGCGGGGCCACGCCGAGAGCGCCAAGGGCCCGCUUCAGCUCACUCACCCGGGCGUCCCGGGGAAGGUUCCCAACAUAGACAGUGUCGGAAGGCACAGAGCCCAGUUCCGGCCGGGGUGGGUCACAUGGGCUUCUGCCAGGGCUCAGGGCAGCCUGGACCCGUGGAAGAGGCCGAUGCCCGUCCCGGAGGGUGACGUCCUUGCCAGCCUGCUCCUCUCGGCAGCGCAGGCUUCUGAGGACUGGCAUUUGCCGCAUCAUCUCACAGCUGAUCUGAAAGAGCAAAGCAGUCCCAGGUCUUGCUGGGGUGUCCACAGGGACCAUGAGCCGGUCACAAGCCAAGAGGAAUCUAAGUCACGGGGUCCCCAGGGAGGCCGGGCAGUUAGGAACCCGACGCAGGGUUCACGAGGAGGCGCUUUCACCCGCGGCCUGGCUCGGGGGUUAAGGAUGCAGCCGUGCCGCACGCUGCGGCGUAGCUCGCAGAGGUGGUUUGGAUCUGGCGUGGCCGUGGCCGUGGCUGUGGGGAGACUGGCAGCUGUAGCUCUGAAUGGACCCCUAGCCUGGGAACUUCCACGUGCCGAGAGUGCAGCCCUAAAAUGGGGAAAAAUAAAAAAAAAUAAAU